AUGUUUGCCAAACCUCGUCCGAAAAAGUCACUGGCCCCCCCGCCCAAGAAGCGCAAGGCGCCCACCAUUGAAGAGAUCAACUUCGACUUUGAUGCGCGCCACGAGUAUCUCACGGGUUUCCACAAGCGCAAGCUCCAGCGUCAGAAGUAUGCGCAGGAAGAAGCAGCCAAGAAGGAGCGUCAAGAGAAGAUAGAAAUUCGCAAGCAGGCACGAGAGGAGCGCAAGCGCGAGGUAGAAGACCAUGUCAAUAUGGUAAAUAGCCUCCUCAAGCAAUCUGGACACAUCGGCGCCAGCGGCGAGACAUCAAGUUCCGAAGACGACGCCGACAACGACCAAGAUGAGUUCGAGGGUUUCCCGGACCGCCCAAACUUAGACAUGGUCGACGACGAGGAGGAGUACAUCGAUGAAGACCGAUACACCACAGUUACCGUGGAGACUGUCGACAUCUCGCGCGAUGGCUUAAACAAACCGGCUACCCGUGAGGAGGAAGCGGCGGCGGCGGCGGCGGCAGAAGAGAAACGAAAGAAGUACGCCGAGGCUGCCGCCGCAGAGGAGGAGGCCAAGGCGAAAAAGGAAGACGCGAAACAGAAAAAGAAGAAGAAAAAGUUCCGCUACGAGACCAAGCUGGAGAGGUCGCUCAAUGAUAGGAAGCAAAAGGCCAAGAAUCACAAGAAGAAGGCCGAGAGGACGGAAUAG